UGCGAUCAGUCAGCAGUCGAUGUUCGUCGCCAUCGUCCAAUGGUUAAGACGUUACGUUGUGGAUUGAUGUCCCGUAACGAUCCAGGUUCGAUUCCUGGUAGCGACACUUCUUUUGCCAGUGUGGCUAUCCUGUUCUUUACACCGAGGGCUCACAUGAGGAACACAUGUACAUGUACUUAUUAGGGUGGUGUCGGGAGUACACGAUGAUGUGGCACCUCAGCUUAGUCUCGCGUGAUCUCCAUCCGGGACCGACAACCCGUUUCAGUUGUUUUCUUUUCGACUUACAUGGACCCCAGAUUCUCAACGAAUACCUGGGAUGAGGACGACUUGAGGAUAUCACAGCCUGAAAUCAGCAGCAUCUUGCAAUCUCAGAAGGAGGGUGAUUCUAACGCAGGCGACGACGAAGCGCUCGGAGAAACUGACGGCGCCGAUCCGGGCAGUGAAGUUGCAGAUGACGGUGCAAAUAUCACGAAAAGUACGGCUGUUGCAGACCUCGCAGCCUUUAAUGAUGCCCAAGCCAAAUCCGGGGUUGUCUACAUCUCUCGAAUACCUCCUGGUAUGGGACCAGCAAAAGUCAGGCAGCUUCUAAGCAUACAUGGUGACCUCGGAAGGGUAUUUCUUCAGAAGGACGACGCGAAAGGGUCACGGCCAAGGCAGAAGCGGAAUCGUGUGGAGUCGGAUCGGUACACAGAAGGAUGGGUGGAGUUCCGCGACAAAAGAAUAGCUCGAACUGUAGCUGAAAUUCUGAAUGGACAACCUAUGGGCGUGAAGAUACACGAUCGUUUCCGUUACGAGUUAUGGAUGAUCAAGUAUCUGCCCCGUUUCAAGUGGAACAUGCUCACGGAACAAAUGGCUCAUGAGCGGGCUUCACGAGUGGCUCGCCUUCGACACGAGCUAGUCCAAUCUAAAAAAGAACAAAGUGAUUAUCUUGAGAAGGUGGAAUCUGCCCGAAGGCUUAACAGGAGAGGGAAGCAGAAUAUAGGAUGGCAAAGGGAAGCAGAAGCUUCUCCUCAGCUCACGAUGGAUGUUGCGGAAACGGACGCCAAUGACCCUCACACGUUACCAAAGAAAAAAGAAAAAGCGAAGGCAGUGUCCUCCCCCCCUACGGAUGAUAUAGACAACAUCUUGGGGAGCAUUUUCUGAGAUGGACUACGGCCGUUUGUAUGCUAAAUUUGUUGUAAUGUGAUUAUCCAUAGUGGUUUUCGCCCAAUGUUGUUCCUU